CUCUAUGUUCAGUCCAUUGAUGGUUCUCAUUUAUAUUUUAAUCAUGGCUGACAAACAAUGUGUGCUUUCCGAGGACGAUAUUGGUUCUGUUAAGAUAGAGGAUGAAUUGUCUAGUCUAACAGAAAUCACAACACUCGUCGGGCAUCAACUGAAGGAGGAAAAUGAAUGUAGGUAUAUGACAUACGGCAAAUGCUUCGAUGCUCUUUGUUUACAUAAAUUUUACAUGCAGUCAUGAUCAUUAAAAAACAAUGAUUUGUGGUUGCAUGCUUGCGAUUAUUAAAGCGUAGAUUUGGAGUAUGAAUCAUACCCCUGGAGUAACACGCGAGGAUUACAUUUCAUUUCUAUACAGAUUAAACCUUUGCGAUAGAAUAUAAUGGUCAUGCGACUUGACUGAUGCAAAUUUAAUACAAUGCCACGCUGCUGUUGGCGUUGGCGUUGGGUUUAUAGUAGACCACUUGACUAUUCCUCAAGUUUCUUUAGCCAAGAAAAAUUUGAUGUCUCGAUGUAUAAGUAUACGUGCAUGACACUUGCGCGUUACAUGGGAUGAAACACUGGAAAAAUUAUUGGAAUAUUUAAAUUUACGUUAUUCAUUUUAGAGCAUGCGCAGUGAAGGUAAAUUGAUCACGCUUUCCGAAAGAUGAGGAUCAUAGAUAUCUAUGAUGAGGAUACAUUUUGUAUAAAUGAGCCAGUAAUUAUAAGGCCCUUUGCUAAACGAAUAUGUGUUUACCGUUAAUAUGUAGACAAGUCAACUCGUGUUAUUUAGCAGCAGGGUUGAGCCCAAUAGCGAUGAGGGUUUUGUCGAAUCAACUUGUCGAUCUUGCCGAGCGCGCCACAUUUUACUGACUCGAAUCCUUCGUGGACUUCAUGUGAAAUAGCCAGACUUAAACAUUGGCCAUGCAUUAUAAAUUUAUAAUCGAUGGCUUUUCCGUGUUUGUUUAUGCGUUGUAUGCGUAAUCGAAAUAGUUGUGGGGAAACAUUGUGAGAAAAUUAAUUUUAAAUUAGUGCAUACCGUCCGUCAUGUAGUUUUUCGCGCCAAGGAGAUGCAAUGCGAGACAAAUUACAAUGCAUUACGAUGCGAGUCGUCUUGUAGCAAGUCUAACCGUAUUGAUAAAUUGACUGCUGCGAAACUGUGGAGAGUAUGGAUAAUAGAAUGACUGUACUUGUAUUAGUUGUAUAUGAAACAAAUAGUUCGAAAGCUGACUAGAAUUUCCCCACGAAGACCGAAAGUUGGCCCCAGUUCCAAAAAAAUGUAAACAACAAUUCGAGCCUGUACUCUAACGUUCUUCAAACAAACAGUAAAACCAUCAAACGGUCAACGUCUGCUGGCACAUUGUCAAAAAGCAUGAAAAGUAAUAUUUGGAGAUGCGCUAAUUUUGUUUGUUUGUUUUUAAAUUAAUAAUGUUUUGUGCUCAAAAACCGUAUUCAUAUCCUUUUAUAGUAUAAGAUUCUCGGAUAUACAGCACCCCAUGCACCCCCGCCCUCACCGUAAUUGUCACCGCACCAACCUGGUGGCGACCAGGAAAUAUUUUCUGCAUGAUAUCACUGAUAUGUAUUAUUUGAAAUUGUCCAGAUGUUUUGACAAAAUAAGGAAAUUUAAUAUAUGUAAAUAGACCAAACAAUCCAUCUCGCAUGUAUAUUGGUUGUCCUGUAUAUGCAACGAGUCUUUCGUUCAGCUCGCUGUGAGCUUUUUGAGAGGAGGGGGGGGGGAGGGGGUCAGGGGUACUGCAGAAAUUUGCCCGCGCUGACCCGGAUAAUAAUCAUGUGUCCAACUCGAGAAGACAUAAAACAGCUGAACAAGGCAAGAACUUGAAAGGAGGGCUCUCUGCCAGGGCCAGAGAGGUCGAGGCAACAUAUAGUAUGCAGGGUGCUGUUACACAGCAUAAUUAAAAUAUUGACCAGGAAGGGUGUAAGGAAAACAUUAUGGAGUACUAGGCGGAUGUAGCCACGUCGCUGCUCAUGAUACAGCAAGAGUAUAAUUUUAUUAAUUUGAGACUUGGACUAUGGACAUAAAGCUAUAAGAGGGGAUGAAACCUCUUGUCUUGAGGACCACCCCAUCUCAGUAUACAAUUUAUGAAUUUAACGAAUUUGUGUAUUUUGUUUAUGUAUUACAUCCACGAUAUUACAAGCAUGUUUCUAUUUUCGGACCUUUUUAUUUAGUAAUGUAGUAUUUGGUAUAUAUAACAGUUCAUUUGGAAAAUGAAGAACUAUAUAACUAAACCACUUGCUGAUGAAUAAUCUGUAAUGGGCUUUUAACGCUUUUUGUUAACGAACGUUGGUGUUUGCGAAUGCCGACCUCUGUUUCAAUUUGUUAAAAAUUAUUUGAGAUAUUUAAUCUUUUCACCGGUGACGCAGAUGCCAAUUUAGAAUAUACUGUAUAUGUUUUUGGUAAUUCGAUGCUGUGAUAUAUCUUCACUCAGAUUCCUUAUAUCCUAUUUUAUAUUUUAUUUAGCUUGGUGGGCUUGCAACAAAUAUGAAGUUAACGACGAGCAUAUGAAAACUAUUUUAACAAUCGAUGAAG